UCUGUGCUGCUAUAAAAGCUGCCACCUCUCAGACAGCGCCGUUAUUUUCGUCUCUGCUUCACUUUACCCGCUUCAGUAUGUCGGUGGCUCUGCGCACACAGCUGUUCCUCUUUCUGAUCUCGCUUUCAUCAAGGAUGGGGCUCAGUCGCUACAUUGAGGACAACGAAGCUUCAGAUGGAUUAUAUUCUCUGCUCAGUUUGGACCAGAAAAGAGACUCAGAGGAUUUUAUUUUCCGCCGACCUCUCAGAUGUUUGGACAUGGUGGCCACUGAAGGCUACUUCACCUUUGUGGCAUCUCAGCCUCAGCUGGCCUGUGCUGCUUUCAUCAUCGCUGAGCCCAGUGAGGUCAUCAGUCUGGAGCUUUCUGAUGUCAGUAUUGACUGCAGUGCCGGAGACUUCAUCAAGAUGUUUGACGGCUGGGUUCUGAAGGGAGAGAAGUUCCCCAGCAGGCAGGACCACCAGCUCCCUCUACACCAGCGCUACACAGACUACUGCUCGUCCACAGCACCAGGAGCCACCAGCCGCUCCUCUCAGAACGUCGCCAUGAUCUUCUUCCGCAUUCACAGCCCUGACAGCGGCUUCACCCUCGCUGUCAAAAAGCUACACAACCCCUUCCCCUGUAACAUCAUGUCUCAAAGUCCAGAGGGCAGCUUCACCAUGGUGAUGCCACACCAGCGCAGGAACUGCAGCUUCUCCAUCAUCUACCCUGUGGAGAUCCGACUGACAGAACUCAGCCUGGGGCAGGCCAAAAGCAAUGAGCUCAGCCCACAGAGGCAGGUGUGGUCGGGCUGUUGGGGGUCAGGUGACUAUGUGGAGCUGCUAGGGGGGAAUGGGGUGGACACCUCUAAGAUGUUUCCUGUAGCUGACCUCUGUUUCUCCCUCAGUGGGCUCGCCCAGAUGAAGAUUGGUUGUGAUAACUCGGUGGUGAGGCUGGUGUCCAGUGGGAACUAUAUCAACCGUGUUUCCUUCCAGUACCGACUACUGGAACAGCGCGAGCUCCCUGAGACCCGAGAGAACAGUCUGGAUAACUUCUGCGCUGUGGAAUGAGAUCACACACACAGACACACACUUGUGAACAUACACACACACACACAAUCACACAGUCAUCCAUCGCUCUGUAAAUACACCAGUUUGACGAAUGUUGUCAAUAAAUAUUUUGUAUUGUUUUUGCCAAAUAUUUUAUUUAGUGCCCUGAUUAUGUUAGCUUUGAUCAUAGCGUAUUUAUUUGAGAAAUGAUUUUAAUUCAUCUCAAAUUUAUGGAUGAUGGUGAAUUUAAUUGUUUUCUUUUAGGUCAUUUGUCCAGAAAAUCUGUGAUACAUUAUAAUUUUUGGCAGGAGCAUUGAUUUCGAACCUUCCCUCUGUUGCUCGUAGUUUAUAUCACUUUCAGUAUUCUUUGGGAGGUUUUACAUCUCUGCUAUCUCCUCUGUUUAUAUUGCCUUGAAAAUUUGAAAAUAAAUAUGACUUGCAUGAUAAAGCACA